GAAAUCCACCAUUUUCCCUUUGUAGCUAACCGGUGUUCAAAACACGUGCGUACGAUCGAAUUACAUGGAAUAACCGUGUCGCCGCGUUAAUAAACUACAAAUAAAUAGUACCAAAAAGUGCGCCGCGUUCCUCUCGUUCGGCGACACCUAUAAAUCACAAACAUGAACACCGAAAAGCUGAAGAAACUGCAAUCGCAAGUGCGCAUCGGCGGCAAGGGUACCCCAAGGCGCAAGAAGAAGGUCGUGCACGCAACCGCGGCCACCGACGACAAGAAACUGCAGUCCUCCCUCAAAAAGUUGUCAGUGAACACAAUCCCCGGCAUCGAGGAGGUGAAUAUGAUCAAAGAUGACGGCACAGUGAUUCACUUCAACAACCCGAAAGCCCAGGCCUCGCUCGCGGCGAACACCUUUGCUAUUACGGGGCAUGGAGAGAACAAACAGAUCGCGGAGAUGCUGCCCGGCAUCCUGAGCCAGCUGGGGCCCGAGGGGCUCAACCAGCUCAAGCGGCUCGCGUCCAGCGUGGCCGCGCCGAAGCCCCUAGAUGAGGACGACGAAGUACCUAACCUCGUGGGAAACUUCGAUGAGGCGUCCAAACAGGAAGCCAAGGAGGUCGCAGCCGACGAGAAGAAACCCGAGACAGAAACCAAAGCCGCUGACAAGAAAACAGACUAGAACGACCCUCCAGAGUGAAAUAGUUUUAUUUUUGCUCACACAAAGUUUUGGUUACACAAAGGAAGGAUUUCCAAAGGCUCCAAGAAUGGUUACAAAGCUUAGUACUUUAAUUUUGUGAUUUUAUCUACUUUAAUUUGUGUUCCUAAAUAAAAAAUAACUGAAUUAGUAUUGCAUUUAUUACAAGUCUCAAUGUAGCAUUAGGAAUGCAAUUUUGGUUUGCGUCUCAUUGUUGUCUUUGGAAAUCCGUGAUAUGCACGUCCCGAAUUUAACUAAUGCUUAAAACUGUUUCCUUCGCCAUGCACUAAUAAUACUUAGGUUAUUCUAAUUGUAAAAUAUACAGUGUAAUGGGAUAUAGUCGUUGAUAAUCUUGAGAUAGGUCUAGUUAAGUUUCAUCCUAUCUGGGAAAUUGACAUUAUAUAUAAAGAAAAACUAUCUAUUACUAUAGUAGAUAUGUGUUAUUUUGAUAACAAAGAAAAGAAACAUCUGUAUUUAAUAUUUUAACAAUUGUUUUCUCUAAAACUGUUAACUCUUGUCUUGUCGAAGGAUUAGCUUUUCAAUAUCCAACAAAAAGUUAUAAAAUAGUGUUUAAAACAAAUGAAUCUUAGUCACACAGGCUCCGUAGGAGUAUGGAGCUAGUUACAUUGUAUUAUAAAAAUAUAAAAAAUUACAAAAUGUAAAAGAUUGGAGUUUUGGUGAGCAUUUCAUUAAACUUUGAUCGAUGAA